AUGACUGUGUUCCGACGCAAUAUUCCGGCCCCAUCACAAAUGGGUCCGGUCUUAAGAAGACGCUCGUAUAUCGACGAUAUCGCUCGUGGGGCGUCGACCUGGGACCAACAAUGUGAGGACCUGGGCGCGUUGUUGUACAGACUACGAUACUGGAAUAUCUCUGUGAGCUUACCGAAAAGAAGUCUGAAUUAUUACAACAAGUUUAUUGAAGACUUACCCGUAGUUGCCGCUGUGCUAUACGAACUAGACGAAGAACGUGUAAGCGCUGGACGGAACUUGGAAGCCGCAAGGGAGUCUUUCGAGAUACUGAAACGAACCAAGCCUUUCGUGAUCAUUCUGCAUCCUAACCCGUGGGCGGCUUGUGCUGUUUUGGGUCAGGAGCAUGAAGGACUCAUACAUCCAGUACAAUUUACUGGCAGAGUGUUGAAGGAACCAGAGCUACGUUACCACAUAGCUGAGAAGGAAGUGCUCGCAAUCUUGCGGACUCUGGUGGUUUUCAUACCUCUGAUCCAUGGAUCCAAAUUCCCAGUUGUGGUGUAUACGCGUUACUCUGUACUAAAGUGGUUACUACAAUCCAACACCGCAGAUGGACGACAUCUGAAGUGGGGGCUGGAACUAUCAAGAUGGACACUGGAAAUCCAUCGGACUCAGAAAGAUGAGGAUGGCCUUGCGGCCAUCCUCGGGUCUGGGAUUACGCCCAGGGAACAUUUAGAUAAAGUUGCAAAGACCCUGAUCCCUGCCAAGGGGCGUCUGAAAGUAACGCCACCGCUGAGUCUGGAAACGUUGGAAGCAGACUACCAAGGCUACGUUCUGAGUUUUGAUGGCGCUGCCCAUCCUCGGGUCUGGGAACAUUUAAAUAAAGUUGCAAAGACCCUGAUUCCUGCCAAGGGGCGUCUGAAAGUAACGCCACCGGUGAGUCUGGAAACGUUGGAAGCAGACUACCAAGGCUACGUUCUGAGUUUUGAUGGCGCUGCGAAGGUUUCUACUCGCCGAGGAAGUUGUGGAUGCAUACGGUGGAAGCUGCCAGGAUGGCAGGUUGUGAAAGCUCAAGGCCACAUCCUUGAAUGUGUGACAGUCAAUGAUGCCGAAUACCAUGGUUUGAUUCUGGGGCUAAAGCUCGCUAUGCAGUAUGACGUCAAGGAGCUUGUGGCAGUCGGUGAUUCCCAAAUCGUCGUCCAACAGGCCCAGGGUCUCAUCAAUUGUAACCAGCCCAACCUGCAACGACGCCUAGCUGAGUAUGAGGAUCUCAGGAAGAAUUUUGUGUCGGUUAAAUUGAUUCAUGUUAAACGUGAGUUUAACCAAGCGGCCGACUACCUGACCUCUAAGGCUCUCGUGCUUGGAGAAUCCUGGGAUCUCGACGUUCCCGAUGAGAUAGUGCACCUACGUCUCGUAUCCAGGAUCACUGAAAAGAUCAUGAAGCCUUCGGAAGUCCUAAGUACCCCUGUGACUGAUGCGGUUCGCUCCGACCAAGUUGAAUUGGGGACGUGUAACUCUAAAGCCGAAAUACCUGAGUCCUUAGCUACCGCUGCUGAAGUGCAUUGGUGGUGA